AUGUCGGCAAUUAAGCGAUUCUUUUCAAGUCAUAAAACAUCAUCAAAUGUCAAGAAUAAUCAGAAUCAACAACAAGAUAGUCACGUCUCACAAAGUAAACUACCAGCGAUCAACACUACAUCAGCUGUUCCUGUCGACAAAGUAACAGUAGCAACUGAGAUUGUGGAAAAUGACGAAAGUAAAGAAAAUAUGGCUUCACCACCAUUCCCAUCAAUAGACAUACCAUUAAAAUCAGACACGACCGCGAUAUCUCCAACAACGUCACCAACGUCGGAACCAGUGCUAGCUAGUAAUCACGAAGAGAAACGAUCUAUAAAAUCAUCCAGUUGGACGGUUGAGGAUUUCGAAAUCGGUAAUCUCUUAGGACGUGGUCGAUUCGGUUAUGUUUAUUGUGGCCGAGAAAAGCAAACACGUUUUGUAGUUGCACUAAAAAUACUAUUCAAAGCUCAAUUGAAGAAUUCAAAAAUGGAACAACAAGUGAAACGUGAAAUCGAAAUUCAAUCGAAUCUUAAACAUCCAAAUAUUCUUCGUCUCUACGGAUUUUUCCAUGACGAACAACGAAUCUAUCUAUUACUUGAAUAUGCACCUGGCGGAGAAUUGUAUCGUCGUAUGCAAACAGAAAAAACUCUACGCGAAAGUGAAGCUGCUGGAUACGUCUACCAACUUUGUAAUGCUUUGAAUUAUCUACAUACAAAACGGGUACGUUUAAAUAAUCCAAUAUGUCUAUGCAAGAAUCAUGUAAUUGUAGAUAUCAAACCAGAAAAUAUUCUCAUUGGAAAAUAUGGAAUUUUGAAAUUAGCGGAUUUCGGCUGGUCAGCUGAGAGUACAUCGACAUGCAAGCGAACAACACUUUGCGGUACAUUAGAUUAUCUUCCACCAGAGAUGUUGAAUGGAAAUGGUUACGAUGAAAAGAUUGACCUUUGGUGUCUUGGGGUACUUACAUAUGAAAUGAUUAUCGGUAAACCCCCAUUCGAUAGUCAAACUCAACAUGAGACUAUUCGAAUGAUACGAUCGAUUGAAUUAACAUUUCCAACAGGAACAUCAUCUGAUCUUCGUGAUGUGAUUACGAAAUUACUUCGUCGAAAUCCAUCGGAUCGUUUACCUUUGAAAGACGUUGCUCAACAUGUUUGGAUAAUCAAAAAUGCGGACAUAGCUGCGAUUGAAGAAAGCUAUAUAAAGCGAAAGAAAACCUUAAAUCGAGAAAGUUAA